AUGCUGGAUCAGCGCCUCAUUAUCCAAGCCAGCCAGCCCCAUGGCCGUGCUGCGCUGCUGAAGCUCAUGGCCGAUGUUACAGCUGUUCAUGAAAGCAGUGGGGGGUUAGUCGAGGCCGCUGUGGAAGAUCAAUUGCAUGUGCUGGCCGACACUAAGCCCGAUCCUCCCGUUCUUCAGCCCCCCGUUAGCGGUGCACAAGCUUCUGAGGAGGUGCUUGCCGUAGGAGAUGAUGCUUUUCUGCUUCAAAAGAGGGAACAACCGAAGACCCAGAUCAGAGAAUCCCCCCACAGCACUCCCAAGGGGGUAGUGGGCCGCAUGAUAACUAUGAGCCUGCUUGCAUCUGUCGUAGUUCUCCUCAGUUUGGUCUUCUGGGAGGUUAUUAACUUUGUGGAUAACGUUCCUGAUCCAUUUAAGGAUGUGACGGACCCCAAAUUGAUUCCUGUGGUCAUCGACGACAUGAUAGCCUCUGGGAAGUCCGCCGCCUUUGUAGUAAGACGAUGUAAAUUCUGCGGGAUAGGAAUUCGUGCGCUGAGGAAAGCGGGAAAGGACACGGUGGUGGUUAUGGUUGAAGGGCAUCCCUAUCAAGGCGUGAUUAGUCGGCAUCUGAGGACCAGAUAUGGGGCUAGGGGAUUUCCGUUCUUUAUCAUUGAUAGCGACCGAUAUGGCUACCUGACAAAAGUAAAGCAGUACUUGCAGGACGAGCUCGCCCAAUGA